CUCGCCGCCGAGCCCCGGCCGGCCUGGCGCGGCUCUUUCCCUCGCGGCUUCCGUGUUUUGUGUCUCUGCUGGGAUCGGUCCGAUACGGUGGGGGGAUUUAGAAUGGAACAGACUGAAGGCCCUAUGAGAAAAAGGGAAAGCUAAGGAUGCUGGAGCAGAACAAUGGAUUUCUCCUUCUCUUUCAUGCAAGGGAUCAUGGGAAACACAAUUCAGCAACCACCUCAACUCAUUGACUCGGCUAACAUCCGCCAAGAGGAUGCUUUUGAUGCUAGCAGUGACAUCACUGAAGAUGGUAGACAGACGCCAUAUGAAGCUGCUCUUGCCUUGCAGCAAGGUUUUCAGUAUCCUACGCCAACAACAGAGGACCUUCCACCCCUCAUUAAUGGAUUUCCACCAAUCAGCAUGUAUGAACCCCAAGCCAAAUACCAGUCAUACAGUCAGUAUCCCAAUGGUUCAGCAAAUGGCUAUGGCACAGUUAGAAACUUUAGUCCCCCAGAGUAUUAUCAGAUGGAGAACUCUAACAUAAGGCCGCAUGAAAUUCUGGAAAAACCAUCUCCUCCACAGCCGCCACCACCACCUCCUCCUUCAGUAUCCCAAACGGUGAUUCCAAAGAAGACUGGUUCACCAGAAAUAAAAUUAAAAAUAACCAAAACUAUCCAGAACGGCAGGGAAUUGUUUGAGUCCUCUCUGUGUGGGGACCUUUUGAAUGAAGUACAAGCGAGUGAGUAUGCGAAGGCAAAACAUGAAGGGAGAAAAGAGAAGAGGAAAAAAAGCAGCAAACAUGACUCUUCUCACUCAGAAGAGCGCAAAUCGCAUAAAAUUCCAAAACUAGAGCAAGAGGAACAAAAUAGACCAAAUGAGAGGCUCAGCACGCUGUCCGAAAGACCAAGGGAAGAAACAAUACUGUUGGACGAAACCCCAGCCCAGCAGGUCUCUCCUCCUCUUCCAGCACAAGCAGUGAGUGAUGUCGAGUUUGAGGUUGGAGAUCUGGUCUGGUCUAAGGUGGGAACAUAUCCUUGGUGGCCCUGCAUGGUUUCAAGUGAUCCACAACUUGAGGUUCAUACCAAAAUUAACACAAGAGGUGCACGGGAAUAUCACGUUCAGUUUUUUAGUAACCAGCCCGAAAGGGCAUGGGUACAUGAGAAGCGGGUACGAGAUUACAAAGGACGCAAACAGUAUGAUCAGUUGGUGGAAGAGGCUGCUAAGCAAGCCAAUCAUUCUGAAAAACAAAAGAUUCGCAAGCCAAGGCCACAGAGAGAGCGUGCACAGUGGGAUAUUGGCAUUGCCCAUGCUGAAAAGGCAUUGAAAAUGACCCGGGAAGAGAGGAUAGAACAGUACACGUUCAUCUAUGUAGAUAAAGAACCAGAGGAGGCUUUGUCAAAAGCCAAGAGGACUGGUGCCCCUAAAGUGGAGGCUAAAAAGAACCGGAGAUCUAAACCAUCGCCUAGUUCUCAACCAGAACAGACCAAUGAGGUCUCAGCGGUAACCUCCUUAUCUAAUACCGAGGUGCGGAGGCAUAGUCAGAGAAGGCAGUCUAGUGUGGAAGAAGAGCCACCCCCUGUGAAAAUAGCAUGGAAAACUGCUGCGGCCAGAAAAUCCUUACCAGCAUCAAUAACCAUGCACCAGGGAACCUUGGACCUACAGAAAUGUAAUAUGUCUCCAGUCGUUAAAAUUGAACAAGUUUUUGCUCUUCAGAAUGCUGCUGGGAAUGGGAAGUUCAUUGAUCAGUUUGUUUACUCUACCAAGGGUAUAGGAAACAAACCAGAAAUAAUCAUCAAAGGGCAAGACAAGGUCACUUCCAUAUCAGUCCAGCGAAAUGAGCGAACCUCAUCACAAAGCACAGCAUCUCCUGAGACAUCUUCUGGGUUGGCAAGUUCUGUAGAAAAGAAGCAACAGAGAAGAUCAAUACGAACUCGCUCAGAGUCUGAGAAAUCCACCGAAGUUGUGCCAAAGAAGAAGAUCAAAAAGGAGCAGGUAGAAACAGUCCCACAAACAGCAGUGAAGACUGGAUUGCAGAAAGGUGCCAGUGAGAUUUCAGAUUCUUGUAAGCCUCUAAAGAAAAGAAGUCGUGCCUCAACAGAUGUGGAACUGACUAGCUCAGCAUACAGAGAUACAUCUGACUCUGAUUCACGAGGACUUAAUGACUUACAGGGUAGCUUUGGAAAGCAGUCAGACAGUCCUUCAGCUGCAGCAGAUGCUGAUGCUUCUGAUGUACAGUCCGUGGACUCUAGCCUAUCAAGAAGAGGUUCUGGGACGAGUAAGAGAGACACUGUGUGUCAGAUCUGUGAGAGCUCCGGUGAGUCUCUGGUGUCCUGUGAAGGCGACUGCUACAGAGUCUUCCAUACAGAAUGCCUAGGAUUGAGUUCACAGCCUGAUGGGAAGUUUGUCUGCCAGGAGUGCAAAAAUGGGCAGCAUACGUGCUUUUCCUGCAAGGUUGCUGGCAAAGAUGUGAAACGCUGCUCUGUCAAUGCUUGUGGUAAAUUUUAUCACGAGGCCUGCGCCCGCAAGUUUGCCACAGCUGUCUUUGAGUCCCGGGGAUUCCGUUGCCCACAGCACUGCUGCACUGCCUGCUCCAUGGACAAGGAUAUUCAUAAAGCGAGCAAAGGUCGCAUGGUGAGAUGUUUGAGAUGCCCCAUUGCCUAUCACUCUGGAGAUGGCUGUAUUGCUGCAGGAAGUUUGUUUGUGUCAUCCCACAUUCUCAUCUGUAGUAACCAUUCCAAAAGGAGCAAUCACUCUUCAUCAGCUGUAAAUGUAGGCUUUUGUUUCGUUUGUGCAAGAGGGCUGAUAGUGCAGGAUCAUUCAGACCCCUUGUUCAGUUCAUAUGCCUAUAAGUCCCACUACCUACUGAAUGAAUCAAAUCGUGCUGAGUUGAUGAAAUUACCUAUGAUUCCUCCUUCUUCGUCAGCUUCCAAAAAGAAAUGUGAGAAAGGUGGGAAGUUGUUAUGCUGCGAAUCAUGUCCCGCAUCCUUCCACCCGGAAUGUCUUAACAUAGAGAUGCCAGACGGCUCCUGGAACUGCAAUGACUGUAAAGCUGGCAAGAAACUACGAUACAAGCAGAUUGUUUGGGUCAAGCUUGGAAAUUACAGGCAAGUCCUGUGGUGGCCAGCUGAGAUCUGCAACCCCAGGUCUGUUCCUCUCAACAUACAGGGCCUCAAACAUGAUAUCGGGGACUUCCCAGUAUUUUUCUUUGGUUCACAUGACUACUAUUGGGUACACCAGGGCAGAGUAUUCCCUUAUGUUGAAGGAGACAAAAGCUUUGCCGAGGGGCAAACUAGUAUUAACAAGACCUUCAAGAAAGCACUUGAAGAAGCAGCAAAACGCUUCCAGGAACUGAAAGCACAAAGAGAAAGCAAAGAAGCACUUGAGAUUGAGAGAAAUUCGAGAAAACCCCCUCCCUACAAACAUAUUAAAUCCAAUAAAGUAGUAGGGAAAGUUCAGAUUCAAGUUGCAGACUUGUCUGAAAUCCCUCGUUGUAACUGCAAGCCAACAGACGAGAACCCUUGCGGCCUGGAGUCAGAGUGUCUAAACCGAAUGCUACAGUAUGAGUGCCACCCCCAAGUUUGUCCUGCGGGAGAGCGCUGUCAAAACCAGUGCUUCACCAAAAGACUUUAUCCAGAAGCAGAAAUCAUAAAAACAGACCGACGAGGCUGGGGCCUUAGGACAAUACGAAACAUUAAAAAGGGUGAAUUUGUAAAUGAGUACGUUGGUGAACUAAUUGAUGAGGAAGAAUGCAGAUUGCGAAUCAAGCGUGCCCAUGAGAACAGCGUGACUAAUUUUUAUAUGCUAACUGUUACAAAGGACCGCAUAAUAGAUGCUGGCCCAAAGGGGAAUUAUUCACGCUUCAUGAACCACAGCUGCAAUCCCAACUGUGAAACCCAGAAGUGGACAGUGAAUGGGGAUGUCCGAGUUGGGCUUUUUGCUCUGUGUGAUAUUCCUGCGGGGAUGGAGUUAACAUUUAACUAUAAUUUGGACUGUUUGGGAAAUGGCAGGACAGAAUGCCACUGUGGAGCAGAUAACUGCAGUGGGUUCCUAGGAGUGCGUCCAAAGACGGCAUGUGCAACAGCAAAUGAAGAGAAGGCAAAGAACGCAAAGUUGAAGCAGAAGAAACGGAAAAUAAAAACAGAGCAGAAACAGAUGCAUGAGGACAACUGUUUCCAGUGUGGAGAUGGGGGUGAACUGGUCAUGUGUGACAAAAAAGACUGUCCCAAAGCAUACCACCUCCUCUGCCUUAACUUGACGCAGCCACCCUUUGGGAAGUGGGAAUGUCCAUGGCACCAGUGUGACAUCUGUGGCAACCCAGCAGCUUCAUUCUGUGAGUUCUGCCCUCAUUCUUAUUGCAAGGAUCAUGAAAAGGGGGCACUUGUGGCCUCAGCCUUGGAUGGGCGUCCAUGCUGCUCUGAACACAAUCCUAAGGCCCCAGUGGCACCAGAGUAUUGGAGCAAGAUCAAGCGCCGAUUGGAACAGCAAAAUCCUGAGGAAGAGUCGAAAGAAUAAACUUGUGUUUAAAAAAUCAAAACAAAAAACCAAACCAACAAACCCACACCCCACCUUGAGUGCAAAUCAUUGUGAUUUUGGAUUAAGUGCCAUGGCACCCACAUUCUUUGUCUUCAUAACUGCUUCCGUGGAACUCAAACAGGGACCCUCUGUUCUUGAGCAGCGGUGAGCAGCCUGUGGCAUACGUGGCCUGUCUGUUUGCCCAUGAGUGUGUGCUUCAGGCUGUUGCAGGAUGGAAAGAAGUGUCUUGGCAGCCUUCUUUUUGUUCUUCGAAGAGGAAACCUUUCUGACAUUGAAGGGAAAAAAGACAUCAUGUUAAAAGUAUCUUCUUUGAGUGUAGAAACCAAACAUAGCAAGAUAUUUAUUUAUUUAAUUUUUAAUGGACUUUUGAGGAUUUCUGGUUCUAUUUCAGUCAAUGCGUCUAAAAGGAGUAGCAACACCAGUCUGGAAUCUAUCUAUCUGCAUCUGUAUUUUCCCCCCCGUCUAGCUUUAGAACUAUGAAAAAUAAGCCCUCUUCCUACGACAGUGGCCUUUCAGAUAAAUCUGUUAGUGGGUGGAAGAAAAGCUUAUUGUGGCAGUUGACAAGUAAGGAGAUGCCUUCAUUCCAUUAAGUUCACUGGGGACAAAGAGUUUUGAGAGAAAAGAUUGGUGUAUGUCAUCUAACUUUGCAGUUAAGUUGCAUGAUGCCAGGGGGGGAAA